AUGGUCGCCGACGCUCUCAUCUACCACCCCUCUGUGGCGCACUACCUGCGCUUCGUCGCAACCACCGUCGGGCGCGACAAGCUGCUGCGCACCCUUCAAUACUUUGCCCGCUUCUAUGCCUGGUACCUCCUCCGCACCAACGGCACGGCUGCGCAGACUGCUCCCUGGGAUGCCAUCAAGAAACAGUUUGGCCUGACCCGCAAGCUGAUGCGCGUCGGCAAGAACGUCGAGCACUUCAAGGCCGCGGCCGCCGCUUCCGAUGCCAAAACCACGGAUCCCAUCCUGCGCUACGCCGCCGUCGGCCGUCAGCUUGGCUACGCCGGCUACCUCUCCUUUGACAUGGCCACCGUCCUAGAUGCCGUCGGCAUCCGCAAGUCGCCCCGCGCCAAGACCCUCCAGCGCGAGGCCUAUCGCUUCUGGGCCAUGGGUAUUGCCUGGCAGCGUCGUCGCCCAGGUGUACACGCUCUAUCCGCCUCCAGCAGGCGCGAGGCGGGGGGUCGAUAA